AUGGAGAAAAGUUUGUCUCUUCAUCUCAUAGGAGCAGGAGAAGAAAAGAUAAAGAAGAGGAGAAGACAAAGAGAAUCUGUUUACAGUGGGAAAUAUGAGGAUCACAUCAAACAUCAGCUGAUACAAACAUCUCUGGACCAGAACCAGAACCAGAGCCUUCAGGACCAUUAUAAUGAGGACCUCAACUAUUUAACCAGCGAAACCAGGAACAGAAAAUCAAACCAGAGGCAAAAGAACCAGGACCUGAUUAAUCAAACAAGAACCGGGAGAAACAGGAACUUUUUCACAAGAACCAUCAAGAAUAGACCGGGACUAUAA